AUGGCACUCCCAGCAUGGAAAGCAGCUCUGAGUAUGUCUCAGCGGUAUGAGACUAUCCAGAAGAUCCAAGACUCCCUCUCCACAACGAGUAUGAGUGAGGCUAUCGCCAUUGAACAGGCCGCCUACCAAAUUUCUUCUACUCAGGACGAGUACAAUCUCGCCUGUCAACCAACUUCAACACCCACGCCUCCGCAAUCUCAAGAAGAAAUCGCCUAUGAAGAUGACUCUGGCAUUCGGAUUGGCGCUUAUGAAAACUGUCGCCCUGUGUCAGAAGGUGUCACUUCAGAGGUCUAUCGAUCGGGUGAUAAAGCUCUAAAAGUCAUUGUGACAUACCAGGAUAUCGAGCCUCAUAACCCUCAGCGUGAGGCCAAGAUCUUGAAGACUUUGCGGUCACCCUGCAUCCCUCUACUCGAGACCUUUCGCGAUCAGGAGCAACGAUUCGUUCUUGUCUUUCCAUUCAUGCCAUAUACGCUUGCCGAUCUUCUCGCCAAAGGUCCCCUCCCCCUUGAGUCUCUGCGUCCCAUCUUCAGGGAUGUCCUGCAAGGUCUGAAGGAUAUCCAUGCACAAGGCAUAAUGCAUCGAGAUAUCAAGCCUUCUGCAAUUCUGCUCUCCUCUCCCAAUGGCCCAGCGCAUCUCUCCGAUUUUGGAACGGCAUGGCACCCAGAACUAUCGACCCAUUCGGAGCCUGUCAAUGAUAAGAUCCUCGAUAUUGGAACAGGUCCCUACCGCGCGAUUGAAGUCCUUUUCGGAAAUAAGUCGUACGGACCAGAAGUCGACAUGUGGGGUUUUGGCGUGAUGCUCGCAGAGGCACUCCGCGAUCCUCCUAUACCCAUCUUCGAAUCCCGUGCUGUCCACGAAGAUGGCAACCAGCUGGGUCUUAUCUUGAGCGUCUUCAAAACCAUCGGAACACCUACCCCCGAGACAUGGCCCGAAGCGAAGCAGUUCAAGGUCGCGCCUUUCGAGCUCUGGACUAUGUUCCCUGCGCGGCCCUGGGAAGAGAUCCUCCCUGAUGUGAAUACAGACUUUAUAGAUCUCGUGUCGUCGCUCAUCAAGUACAAUAGCCAGCGACUCACUGCUGAGCAGGUCAGUGAUCAUACCCCAAUUCUCAAUCUGCAUGACUAA